CUUGGCGGCUAGCUUUCCCAGGGUUGCGUGCCUUGGGGCGCAGCCGGCGCGGGCUGCGGGAGCGUGGCGCUUCGCAGCGCCCCGCCCCCCUCGGGGCGGAACCCCGAGGAUCUCAAACUUCUCGCGCCAAAGACAUGAGAAGCCUCCCGCUGUGCGGGUGGAGGAGGCCGACUUCGGAGCCACACCCCUUAGCUAUUCCGACUCCCAGAUUCUAAGGUGGGGCCCAAGAAAUCCGCGUUUUCAACAGCCACUCUGGAGAAUAUUGUGACUGCCAGGACUUCUCCCCUCAAACUUAUUGAAGAACCACUUCCUUACAGAAAUCAUGCCCAAGUUCAAACAACGAAGAAGAAAGCUAAAAGCCAAAGCCAAAAGAUUAUUCAAAAAAAAAGAAGCCUCUCACCUCCAGCCCAAGCUAAUUACACCACCUCCUCCACCGCCCUCAUCUGAAAGAGUGAUAAUUUCUUCAACAGAUAUAUCCCAUAGGAGAAGCUGGCUAAAAUCAUCUUGGAACUUCAACUUUCCCAACAUCAGAGAUAAAAUAAAACUCUGGACAAACAGAGUAUGGUCUAUAUACACCUGGUGCCAGAACUGCAUAGCCCAGAGUUUAGAAGUAUUGAAAGAUACCAUCUUUCCAUCUCGUAUCUGCCACCGAGAACUUCAGGGUCUAAAACAACAGUUUUGCAUUUUGGAAAGUGAAUUAUGCAAGCUCCAGGAAGCACUGAAGGCCAUCUCAGAAAGUUCUUCGUGUCCAAGCUGUGGUCAAAGGUGUCACAUGAAUAGUACAACUGUGCCUGCCUGUGCUCUCACCACCCCUGGAGAAUCCAGAACUGGAGCUGUACUUCCUCCCACGCCACCACAGCCAGCCAGCUAUCUUCCUCCUCCUCCACCUCCACCUCCACCGCCACCACCACCCCCUCCACCUCCUCCUCUGCCUCCUCCCCCACCACCACUAGCACCUUUGCUGCUCAGAAAAUCCAACCUCACUAAAGCACUUCAGACUAGACCAUUAAAAAAAGAUGGACCCAUGCAGAUAACAGUUAAAGAUCUACUCACUGUGAAAUUAAAGAAGACACAAGGUUUUGAUGAAAGGAGGAAGCUUGUACCAUCACCGAAGGCACGGAAUCCACUAGUUACUGUCUCUGACCUGCAGCGUGUUACCCUGAAACCUAACUCCAAAGUGUUAUCAACUCGAGUUACAAACGUCUUAAUUACUCCUAGUAAAAGCCAGAUAGAUCUGCGCAAACUGCUUAGAAAAGUCGACGUAGAGAGGAGCCCAGGUGGUACCCCCCUUACCAAUAAAGAAAAUAUGGACACAGGAACUGGACUGACCCCAGUAAUGACCAGGGCCUUGAGGAGAAAGUUUCAGCUGGCUCAUCCUAGAAGCCCAUCUCAAGCUCUACCACAUUCUACAAGCAGCUUUGAUGAACAAAACUGAUGCCACUCUGCCUAACUCCAUGUGAUGAUCCAUAAAAUAUACCAAGCCAGGCACAGUGGUGGGAUCCUGUAAUCCCAGCUACUUGGGAGGCUGAGGCAGGAGUUU